AUGGAGUAUGCGGACGAAAGAGUCCUCACAGCUCUACGAGCUCUAAAAUGUCCAGGUGGCAUCGCACUCUCGCUCUUCGGGUACCAACAACCUACUUUACGCUGGCAAUUUGACAAGAACUCCCAUGACCCAACAACAGGACACGGCGUUUCCACUUGCAGCGUCCUAACUGAGGAACUCAUGGCGAUACAAAUAUCGUGUUUGUGCAAUACCGCAUCCCAAACCGUGGCACAUAGGCAACGAGUUCUGAAUCUUUGCCACGCACCACCUGUCAUUUGA